UGGGACACGCAACGAUAAAAGCCGGUCAUAAAGAAUGACCCGCGUGUCGGUAUGCUGUAGGACCGUCGACCUGGCUAAAGCUACCGAGAGACUUUUACAGAGGCAUGGCGAUGAGCUGCGGAGAGAAAGCCGACGAGUAUAUGCCGUCGUUCAGAAUCGAGGAGAACGUAUUGAUUGGCACGGAGGAGGAGGAGGAGGAAACUCAUCCGGUAUGCGCGAACGUCGGGGAGCUGGUUCUCAAUAGGUUAAGCAGUAAGCCGGAUUUCGUCGGACAGAUCGACGCCAGCACGGGGCAAGAGUGCACCUACGCGGAAAUGCGAGAACGGAGCGUCAAGUGUGCGCUGUGGUUAAGGAAGCACGGCAUCCGGAAAGGCGAUAACAUCGGCAUACUGACUGACAAUCACUUGAACACGUGCGUGCCGAUAUUCGCCAGUCUAUACAUCGGCGGAGUAAUCUGCCCGUGGGAUCACGUGGUACCGAAACUAUCCGCGCGGUACUUCCUCUCGCUAAUGACCCCGAAGCUGGUCUUCGUGAACGAGGAAUCCGUGAAAAAUCUGGUCGCAGCUGCAAAGGAGGAAAAUAUUCAAGUGAAAGUUGUAGUUAUCAGCAGUCUGCCAGGGUUCGUGUCCCUGGCGGACAUUCUCGAGGAACAGGUCAGCCGCGCGGAGAUCGACGGCUUCCGCUGCGCAAAAAUCGAUAAUCCUCAGGACCUCGCGAUGAUCUGUUGCUCUUCCGGCUCCACGGGUAUGCCGAAAGGGACCGAGCUGUCUUACGCGUCUCUUUACCACUGUAUCACCCCCGUCGAGGAGAUUCACACGAAGAAUGAGAUAUGCGUGUGGGUGCCCACGAUACGAUGGCACUACGGACUCACCCUGUGCAUCGAGAUAAUUUUGUCGAACGCCAAAUGGAUCAGUUUCUCGGAUGACAAUAUUAAUGAAGUCACGCUGUGCAAGAUCAUUGAGAAAUACGAGGCAACAUGGCUCGGCACCGACCCCAGCUUCCCCAAAAUUUAUGUCAAAAUGAAUAUCUUCCAAGAACAUCUUCUGCCCUCUCUGAGGAAGAUGGUAGUUAGUGGGGCAUCUUUUACCAAGGAACUUCACGAAACUGUCGCGAAAAUUCUGCCGCAUGCGCAAAUAUUACAAUGCUACGGCCUGACUGACGCUGGCGGCUUGUGCGCGAGCCAAGCAAAAAAUAGCAAGCCAGGUUCGUGCGGCUUUGUGAGCAAAGGCACACGAAUCAAGAUAGCCGACGAAAAAACUGGCGUAACUCUGGGACCCAACAUGAGAGGCGAAAUCUGUAUCAAGUCGAAAUUUAUGAUGAACGGUUAUUACAAAAAUCCCGAACAAACUAAAGAAGCCUUUGACUCGGACGGUUGGAUGCACACCAAGGAUAUAGGGUAUUACGAUGAGAACGGCGAGAUUUUCUACGUCAACAGGAUUUCGGAUAUCAUCAACUACAAAUCUAUUAAUCUGUCACCGGCGGAAAUCGAAGGGGUACUCGAGCUUCAUCCUUCGGUUCUCAAGGCCGUGGUAGUUCCAGUGCCACAUGAAACUGACGAGGAACAUCCAUUGGCUUUCGUUCAAAAAGUACCCGGCAAAGAGGUAACGAAGGAGGAACUGCAUGAUCUAGUUGACGAGAAUUUACCGUGGUAUUGCCAUCUUCAAGCGGGAAUACAUUUUGUGGAUGACUUUCCGCGCGUCAGUACUGGAAAAGUUGAUAAGAAGAAACUGAAGCUAUUGGCGAAAAAAAGCAAAGAAAAGAUUUUAUACGACUUCCAACUCGAAUCAACAGUCAGCGCGUGCUGGAUUAUUAAGAAAGUAAUUAUUACAAAAUCGAUCAAAAUGGGCGAACCAAUAACUAAUAACAAGAGCAACAACAGUGACUUUAGGAUUGAAGAUAACAUUCUAAUCGGGAAGGAAUUAUCGAUACCCAAAGUCCCCAUCAAUGUGGCCGAAGAGACACUCAAGAUGUUGAAGAGCAAACCGGACUUCAUCGGAGAGGUACAUGCUCUUACGGGUAAAGUGCAAACCUACGCCGAUAUGAGCGAGCGCAGCAUAAAAUGCGCCCUUUGGCUGAAGAAGCAAGGUGUGAAACCGGGCGAUAUAAUCGGUCUGUGCACCGACAAUAACCUGGAAGCGUUCCUAGUUUUGUUGGGCACUAUGUACAUAGGCGCCAUUAGUAAUACUUGGGAUCAUGAGCUUUCUCCGAUGACGGCACGAUACUUCCUCUCUCUAACAUCGCCAAAAAUUGUCUUCACGAUAAGUUCAUCGGCCGCGAGUUUAACGCAAGCGGCUAAGGAACUCGGCAUGAACUUGAAAGUGGUGACCCUCGACAAGUUGGACGGAUACGAAUCCUUGGAGGAGGACGUUGUGAGGGAUCACGACACUCGCGAUGUCGACGAAUUUAAGUGCUUCACUACACAGCCGGAUGACGUUGCUAUCAUUGUUCCCUCUUCGGGCACUACGGGUCUACCAAAGGGCACGAUGAUCUCGCAUUAUUCUUUGCACUGCUGCAUGCAUCCCGAGAAAAAUCGCGACUUAGUGGGCCAUACAUGUAUCGUCGCACCCACAAUGCGUUGGCAUUACGGUGUUCUGAUGGCUUAUAGGAUUAUUGCUGCGAACGCGAAAAAGAUCAUCGUACCGGACAACGACGACGCCGAGGCUUUCUGUCAGAUUAUCGAAAAAUAUCGAGUAACAUGGUUCGGCACUGAUCCGUUCAUGUUAAUCAAAUUGACUAAGAGCAAAUUGCUCGACAAAUAUCGGUUGCCAAGCUUGAAGAUAAUUCUUUCUAGCGGCGCCCAUCUCAAAAAGGAGUAUCUAGAAGCACUGCGCGAGAAAUUACCCCAUGUCUUCGUUACGAAUCAUUACGGAACUACCGAUACGGCAUGUGUAUGCUGUGCGCAAACUAGAACUACCAAACUAGGAACUGUGGGUUACGUAUCAAGUAACGUCCGCAUAAAGAUAGUGGAUCAGGAAACGGAGGAAGCGCUUGGACCUAACAAGGUCGGGGAACUACGUUUGAAAACCCUUACUAUGAUGAAGGGUUAUUACAAUAAUCCGGAAGAGACAAAACGGGCUUUCGAUUCCAAUGGUUGGUUACACAGCGGCGAUCUGGCGUAUUACGAUGACAACGGGGAGGUGUAUAUUGUCGAUAGGAUAUCCGACUUUAUCAAUUUUCGAAGUAUCAACGUCUCGCCCGGAGAAAUCGAGACUCUUUUAAUUACUCAUCCGGCAGUGCUACAAGCGGCGGUAAUAGGAAUACCCCAUGAAGUUGACGAGGAACGUCCGAAGGCUUUCGUACACCGAAUGCCGGAUAAAUCGAUAACAGAGGCGGAGCUAGUCAGGUUUGUGGAGAAAAACAUGCCGGAUCAUUGCAAACUACGCGGCGGCGUUAAAUUCGUGGAUCAAUUGCCGCGCACGGCCACCGGCAAAAUCUCGAGAAAGCAGCUGCGAGAAAUGUAUGUGGAUUAAAGCGCGGCGAACUGCACAGUCAACGAGGGAGUUUUAUCGUGUCGAAAAUAUAAUCUUGUGAAAACAUUCAAGUUAAUGUAAGAUCGGUAUCGGUGCAUAUUAAUGGCGAAAGACUCGAGUCUUCAAUGAAAAUAUAUGUAAAUAUGUUAUGGAGAAGAGGGAAAAUCCCGUAAUAUAUAUCAUCUGUCACUCUCUCCUCCAUACGGCCAUAAUACGACAAGAGUAUUUCCUUAUUCCAUCUUGGGUUAAGAAUUGCAAUCGCCGAUGUCUGACUACAAAAAGCUCAAUAACUACGAAAAAAUUUACUCAAAUCGAAUAAAGUUACAACGUUUUGGAAGAAGCUUAUUCAAAAAAGGUUACAAAAAUUUGAUAAAAAACAGAGAGUCCUAUUUAAAAAAAGAGGCAAAGUAAUCUUGAUUUAAUAUUAUAGACGCCAUUCAGGACCAAAUUGAUAAGAUUAUUAAUAAACCUUUUUAAACUCUACAACUUUUGAAAUAUCUUUUUGUAAAAUGCGUUCUUUUCAAAAUAUUAGACCGUUGCCAGACU